AAUUUAUCAAAAACGGGCCAAAAAAAAAAAGGUCGUCUCGUGUCCUGUGACCAGACUCACCAGAGAGAAUCAGAAGAGAUUCAUAGUGACGAAUUCUAAUUAAAGUAAUCAGCUCUGUUUCCGAGGUUACAGUAGAGAGAGAGACGAUGCAUCUGAUUAAUGCGGUGGCGGCGGCGAGGAUGUUAUCCGGACUCGGACAAUCCAACAGUAACGGAGGUGAAGCGAUCCCGUUUGGAUCGUUUGAGUGGAUCACUUACGCCGGAAUCUCUUGUUUCCUCGUUCUCUUCGCCGGGAUUAUGUCUGGUUUAACUCUUGGCCUUAUGUCUCUUGGUCUUGUUGAGCUCGAGAUUCUUCAGCGGAGUGGUACACCUAAUGAGAAGAAACAAGCCGCUGCGAUUUUUCCGGUUGUUCAGAAACAGCAUCAGCUUUUAGUGACACUGCUUCUCUGUAAUGCUAUGGCUAUGGAGGGCUUACCUAUAUAUUUGGAUAAGUUAUUCAAUGAAUACGUUGCGAUUGUUCUUUCUGUCACAUUUGUUCUUGCUUUUGGUGAGGUUAUUCCUCAAGCGAUAUGCACAAGGUAUGGACUCGCGGUUGGAGCAAAUUUUGUAUGGCUUGUCCGCAUUUUAAUGAUUCUCUGCUACCCUAUUGCUUUUCCCAUUGGAAAGAUUUUAGAUUUGGUGCUGGGACACAAUGACGCUUUAUUUAGGCGGGCUCAGUUGAAAGCUCUUGUAUCCAUUCAUAGCCAAGAGGCUGGAAAGGGAGGUGAACUUACGCAUGAUGAGACCACUAUCAUUAGUGGAGCUCUGGAUUUGACUGAAAAGACUGCACAAGAAGCUAUGACACCAAUUGAAUCGACCUUCUCCUUGGAUGUAAAUUCAAAGUUGGAUUGGGAAGCUAUGGGUAAGAUUCUGGCACGAGGCCAUAGCCGUGUUCCUGUCUACUCUGGUAAUCCAAAAAAUGUUAUCGGACUUCUUUUGGUGAAGAGUCUACUUACAGUUCGCCCUGAAACAGAGACCCUUGUCAGUGCAGUUUGUAUACGUCGAAUUCCAAGGGUUCCAGCUGACAUGCCUUUGUAUGAUAUACUGAAUGAGUUUCAAAAGGGAAGUAGUCACAUGGCUGCAGUUGUGAAGGUUAAGGGAAAAAGCAAAGUUCCUCCUUCAACUUUGCUUGAAGAGAAUACUGAUGAAAACAAUGACUCCGAUUUGACUGCACCACUGUUACUAAAACGAGAAGGAAACCACGACAAUGUCAUCGUCACAAUCGACAAGGCUAAUGGACAAUCGUUCUUUCAAAACAAUGAGAGCGGACAACAUGGGUUCUCACAUACUUCAGACGCUAUAGAAGAUGGUGAGGUAAUCGGUAUCAUCACUUUAGAAGAUGUGUUUGAAGAGCUUCUGCAAGAAGAGAUAGUGGAUGAAACAGAUGAAUAUGUUGACGUACAUAAAAGGAUUCGAGUAGCAGCAGCUGCGGCUGCCUCGUCAAUAGCGAGAGCUCCUUCAAGCCGGAAAUUGCUGGCACAAAAGGGAACUGGAGGACAAAAUAAGCAAGCGCAGCCGACAAAAGGUUCAGGUCAGGAACAAGAUAAACUGCUUGGAACUAUUGCCGAGCCUAUUCGGAGAAACAACUGAUGUUGUGCCCCUUGCUUGAGGAGCCAAAAGCUCUGUUGCGGUAUCAGAAAUGGAACAUAGAAUAAACUAAAAGAUCCCAAAUAUUCUGUUCCAUUGGUAAUAUUCAUCAUAUUUAUUUAUACAUAAAAAAAAAAAAAAGUCAGCUGAAGCAAUGGUUCGUCCCAAUUUUUGAAAAUGUUUUUUUUUUCUUUUUUUCUUUUUAUAUAUAUAAUAUGUAUUCUACAAAAUACGUAAAAUUUGUACAUCGACUACUCCCAAACUUAUAAUUCUUUUUAUUAUUAUUUUGUUGUUCACUCUA